CAUGACUCGUGUAGCAGAAACGUUCAGAAUCAGAACCUUUUUGCUUUUUAUUAAUUUUUUUUUUCAGUUUUUCCUUCUUCUUUUUCUUCUCCAAACCUUUCUUUAUAAUAACUAGACAAAAUCGGCUGUGCAGUGCCUCUGAUUUUUUUCACGCUCUUCUUUUCUUUCUCUCUCUUUACUUGGUUUGUGUGCAAUGCAUGAACCAAUGAUACCAACUUAUCGUUAUUCAGUGGUGUCUUCUCCUAUGUCUAUAGAUCUCAAUGAAGAUCAUACACACACUCUCUUCAGUACAAUUCAUCAAGUUUCUUCUUCAUCUUCUUCUUUAUCUACUUCUAUUCUCUUCAACCCAGAUCAGGCUCAAGGAGGAUUUUGCUAUUGUGAAUCAAAACAUCUUCAAGAGGCCCAGAAGAUUGUCUGUUUCGGUGGAUCAUGUGAUCAUCAAGCAGAAAAGAUUGAAAAGAGAAGUGAUCUCGAGCUUAGACUUUGGGAGAAAGAAGAGUGUGAUAAUCUUCAAGGCGAAGACAGUUCAACUAACUGGAUGCCUCCAAAGAUGAGAAUGGUGCGGAAAAUUAUGGUUUCAGAUCAAACAGGUUCUCAUAAGGCAGAUAUCUCUAACUCUAAGCAGAUGAAGGCUAAAGAGAAAAACCCAACACUGUCACAGCUGGUAACUGAUGAUAGUAACUAUAACUCUUCUUCAAACAACAACAGUGUCACUGCUAGGGUUUGUGCUGAUUGCCACACCACUAAGACCCCUCUCUGGAGGACUGGACCAACAGGUCCUAAGUCUCUUUGCAAUGCUUGUGGAAUUCGACAAAGGAAGGCUAGACGCGCCAUUGCUGCAGCUGCAACAACAGCAAAGGGAACAAACAGGUUGGAGGCUAAGAAAUCUGAAGUGAAGAAGGGGAAAAAAUUGCAUAGCAAAGGGAAAAAGCCCAAAACUGGGAGUGCACCAGUGCUGGUGAAAAAGAAGCGUAAACCUGCCAAGCAUAGAAAGAAGUUCAGUGCUUUUGAGGAUUUGUCAGUAAGAUUCCAACAAGUUUUCCCUCAGGAUGAGAAAGAAGCUGCAAUCUUGCUCAUGGCUUUAUCUCAUGGACUACUUCAUGGCUUCCCCUCAGAUCGCUACAUCUCUUAGAUUUACAAGACUGGUUUCAAAUCAUAAGACAAAUUCUGAGUGUUGCGCUAGAUUUAGUGAUGUUAGUACGGGAACUAAUAAUAGGGACAAUAAAACUAUGAGGUGUGGUUUUCUCAAGUUGAUUAUAUGAUGGAUUUUGAACAAGAAGACAAAUACAAAAUAAUAGUAGUGUUUUGUGUUUCAAUAAUUUGAUUCAUUAUGAAGUCUUGUUCUUGGUGGAUACUUUUACUUUAUCUGUUAUGGUGAGGUUACUAUAUGAGGUGUGACUUAGAUUUCAAGCUUAAAAAUUCCUUAGGGACUAUACAAAGUAAAGGUGAUUGUUAUGGCAGUCUCUGCAAGAUUUCCAGAGGAGAAAUCAACAGAAACCUUAUCUUCAAAGAUUUCAAUUUCAUAUUCACCGAACAGGUUUCUCAAUGAUGACAGUGAAAAUUCAUACUUGGGCACAGCUUUUUGUGUCCUAUGAGACCUUUAGAGGAUUGUACUUCAGAUUAAGACUCCUGUCUGCAUUCAAAAUUAAUGUCAGUAGUCUUGACUUUAGAUCAAGAAAAUAGUACUUACCACA